UUCUGCCUCCCUCCUUCUCAGGACCCCCUCUUAGCGCUGGGUGAAGAGGGGCAGGGACCCACGAAGAGCGGGUGGGGAGCAGGGACCAGCGAUCCAGGGACAGGAACCCCGCCCCCGCCCAGAAACCUCCCGGGCCCGGAGUCGUGCCCGGCGCUCCGCACCCCACCCCAUCCCCGCCGCCUCUGCCGUCACUCACGGCCGCUGCUGGCUGGCUCGCCCGGGCGCUCUCCGCGCCACAGGAACCUGCUCGCCCGGCGCUGUGCGCUCACUUCUUGCUCACAACACUGCAGACUCUCGGCGUCGCCGCCGUCACCCGGCUUCAUCCCCGGCCCGGAACGGCGCUCCGCCCUUCUCCCUGGUCCCCAGCGCCCACCUGCCUGCCACGGCCCUGGCCUGGGCCAAAGAGCGGUGACGCUCGUUGCCCAAAUCAGGGUCUGCGCGCCGCGGCUGAGCGCCCACUCGCGGAGAGAGCCGCGGAGAAGCCGGCGGGGGCGGCGGCGGGAGAGCUCGGCGGGAGCUGGAGGAGGUGGCAGUCGGAAGGCGAACCAGGAGGAGACCAGGAGGAGGGUAGAAGCUCGCGGCUAGGAGGCGCGCACUCUCCCGGUCAGGGAUGGGUCCUGGCGCAGCUCGGCCCCUGCCGGUUCGGCCGGGCGGAGACUGAAGCGCGUCUCACCGCCACCACCCCCCCGUCACCCACCCUCCGCACCGUCCUGUGGACACCCAGACCGAGCGAGGCACUGACGGACCCCCGCUAGCCUCCUGCACACCCCCACCAGCGCCCCCCGCCGGAGCCGCGCCGGGCCAGCCGGCGAGAGAGCGGGGCUGAUUGGCGGCCGCCGGCGGCCAGGGGAGGGGGCGCCGCGCGGGGCCAUGGCAGGCUCGGAGGCGUCCUAGCCCGAACCGGAGCCGCAGCCGGAGCCCACGCUGUUGCCACCGCCGCCUCUCCGCGCCCGGGCCCCCGCUGCCACCGCGCCCCCCGCGGGAGAUGGAACAGCGGAAUCGGCGCGGCGCCCUCGGAUACCUGCCGCCUCUCCUGCUGCACGCCCUGCUGCUCUUCGUGGCCGACGCUACAUUCACUGAAGUACCCAAAGAUGUGACAGUACGGGAGGGAGACGACAUCGAGAUGCCGUGCGCGUUCCGGGCCAGCGGGGCCACCUCGUAUUCGCUGGAGAUUCAGUGGUGGUACCUCAAGGAGCCGCCCCGGGAACUGCUGCACGAGCUGGCGCUCAGCGUGCCGGGCGCCCGGAGCAAGGUAACAAAUAAGGAUGCAACUAAAAUCAGCACGGUGCGCGUCCAGGGCAACGACAUCUCUCACAGGCUCCGGCUGUCGGCCGUCCGGCUGCAGGACGAGGGCGUGUACGAGUGCCGCGUGUCGGACUACAGCGACGACGACACGCAGGAGCACAAAGCCCAGGCGCUGCUGCGCGUGCUCUCGCGCUUCGCGCCGCCCAACAUGCAGGCCGCCGAGGCCGUGUCCCACAUCCAAAGCAGCGGACCGCGACGCCACGGCUCCCCCAGCGCUGCCAACGCCAACCCGGCGGGUGCCGCGGGCCGCACCACCUCCGAGCCUAGCCGCGGUGACAGGAGCCCGCCGCCCGGGAGCCCUCCCGCCGCCCCGGAUCCCAGAGUCCCCGAGGCUGCCGUCGCCUCCGAGGCGCACACGGCCACCACCACUGUCAUCGCCACGGCUGCUGCUUCGUCGGCGUCGCUGCCACCAGGCCAGGCUGUCCUUCUGCGCCAGCGGCAUGGCUCCGGCACUGGCCCGAGGUACGCCACGGACCCAGUCCUGUCCCUGCUGCUGUUAGCCGUGCAUAAGGUCCUGCGGCUGCUGCUGGGGCACUGACAACGCCACCUGCCGCCCACCCCUGCCCGGGGACCACCACAUCGCCAGACAGACACGGACAGGCUGAGAAAAGCAUGAAGACAUCCACGUGGGAAAUAAAAUAAAUCAUAUUUUUGGGGAAGUUAUACAAAUGUAGACCACCUAAAAUACUGCAUCUAGUUUCCAAAUACGAUGGAGUUUGGACCGUGCAGUCUGCAUGGGUUCAACAUUUCUCUACUCUAAUGUAUCUUUCUUUUCUACACUUUUUCCUCCAAGUCUUCAUUUUGCACGAACUAUUGAACAUUUAUCUUUAGGAUAAUAUGUAAAAAUGUCGGGUCAACACCUUUCUGACAAAGCAAAGUAUUUUUAGUAGAUUAUUGUCUUUAGGAUGUUUUUUUUAAUUUACUUUUUUUCUUUGGGGGCUUUUUUAAUUAAAUUAUUUCUUUUAAGACAUUUGAUUAAAAAAACAUCUUAUCAUAAUUAAAAUCCACUGUCAAUAAUAUUUAUUUUUAAAUAAAGAUUGGAAACAAGGCCAGACACUUGUUUAUAAACCGUAUUGUAUAUUGCUGAAUAACAGUUGAAUAAAAAACGACUUUGGAAUAA